GCUGCAUCGAAGAGGCGAAGGCGCCGGAAAGCUACAGGAUAGCAAGAAACGAGCUGUAAUCAUAACACAACUUCAGGGCCUGCAUCCGCGUCCACCCCUUAUAUUUCUGCACAGGAAUACGAUACGUGUCUUUAAAGUGUUUUUGAGGGACGGAGGACGUGCAGACACUUGUUUAUGCUAGCGAAGUAAGCAUUUUGGCCUUGACAACUUGGCUAACGUUAGGCCAAGGUAGCGCUAGCCGUGGAGCUUACUUUUCGCUAGCAAAAGCAAAACAAGGAAUGAGUGAUGACCUCUGUGGUAGUGUCAGACGGUGGAGGGAACAUAGUGGAGUAUGUCACCGUGGUGGAGGAGUCCCAGCAGUGUGAGCAGCAGCCCACUGAGGAGGAGGAGGAGGAGGAGGAGGAGGAGGAAGAAAUGGAUGAUCAGGAAAUCGUGUCGGUGAUCGUGCAGGGCGGAGAGGAGGUGGAGGAAGAGGUGGAAGAGGAGGAGGAGGGUGUGGUGCUGCAAGAAGAGGGCUGUCCAGCGGUGAUCGUGGAGGAGGUGCCCAGUGCCCAUGUGGAGGAGUGCUACUCGGCACAAGUCCUGGUCUAUGAUGAUGAGACGUUUCUGAUGCAGGACGUGGCCGAGGAGCAGGAGGUGGUUACAGAGGUGGCUGAGACCGUGGAGAUGUCGGGUCAUGACAUGGUGUGUUUUGACAAAACGUUUGAAGCAGCUGAAGCUCUUCUCCACAUGGAGUCUCCUGGAGGACUACACAAUGAGCGCAACACAGCAGAGGAUGUGAUGAUGGAGACAGUGGUGGAGGUGUCUACAGAGUGUGGACCCAUAGAGGAGGAGUCGUUCCCCAUCCCUCCGGAAUGUGAGCCUGCUGCCAAGAAGAAGAGAGGAGGUGGACGCAAGCCCAAGACCAACCAGCCUGCUUCUAACGGCUCCUUUGACCUGGGGAUCAAGAAGAGGCCGAGGGAGGGCAAAGGCAACACCACCUAUCUUUGGGAGUUCCUGCUGGAGCUGCUGCAGGAUAAAAACACCUGUCCCAGGUACAUCAAGUGGAUGCAGAGGGAGAAGGGGAUCUUCAAACUGGUUGACUCCAAGGCCGUUUCCAAACUGUGGGGGAAACACAAGAACAAACCCGACAUGAACUACGAGACUAUGGGCCGAGCCCUGAGGUAUUACUACCAGCGCGGCAUCCUUGCCAAAGUGGAGGGACAGCGGCUGGCCUACCAGUUUAAAGACAUGCCCAAGAACAUCCGUGUGAUUGAUGACGAGGAGGACACAGAGGAGGUGGAGGACAGCGAGGGCAUGGUGUCUGGCCAGCUCCAGGCUCACCAGCAUGGCCUCGCCAGCCUGGGCACCAACUCCCCCGUGGCCACCCAGCCUCAGCAGACCUACGUUACUGUCAUCCCCAGCAACGCUGCCACCAGGUCCAUCCGAGCCAUGCCAUUGGUCAUGACCAACUCACUUGGUCAGGUGACGUUAAACGCCUCCUCCAUCUUCACCACCACCACAGGGGUCCCGGUAACGUUAUCCAACGCCUCCGCCAGCACUACCCCCAAGCUGGUCAUCCAGACUCUGCCCACCAUGCUGGCCUCUGGCUCCAAAGCAGGAGAGAAGAUCACCAUCAUCACCAUCCCGGCCAACCAGCUGGCCACGCUCAUGCAGGCCAACACAUCAGGCCAUGUCACGCAGCUCUUCCAGGCUAAACCUGUUGCUACGCAGUUAGCGCACGCCGCCGCUAAACUGGCCGGCACCGCCCCUACGGUCCAGCUAACAGCAGGCCGGCCGACGCAGCACCUCAUCCUGGCUAAACCGGCAGCGGUGGCCCAGCGGCUGCCCCAGCUGUCUGUCCAGGUCAGCCAGCCUCACCUGGCCUCAAUCAAAACCCUCACCCUCACCCUGCCCCCCAAGCCCCCCAGCAGUCAACCCGCAGCAGAGGCUCCACCAGCAGCAACCAGCUCAUCCUGAGUGCUCUGCCCUCCCUGGGGGGGGGGGGGACAGGAAGUGACUGUGGACACUGCUGAGGAAGUGCAGGACACCCCCCCCGCCCCGCCCCGCCCCCGCCACACAGAGCAGCGCUGCUCUCUGAUUGGCUCAGACAGUCAGCCUGACAUUGGUCUCCAGGGAGACGCCUGCUCUUACUAUGGAGCUGCUGAAGCCCCACAGAGGAUUAAAGGGACUAUUGUACAAACAGACACACACAGAUUCUUCAGCGCUCACGAGACAUGGGCAGCCUUAGAUUGUAAAUGAAAAAAAUCCUUUUUGUAAUCAAACAUAAUAUAAAAAGCAGAAACAGAAAUGUAAAAAGCAUUUUUUGAUACUCAGCAGGUAUGUAUCAGUACAGACGUAGUUUGAAUUAAUGUCUCUGUUCCCUCUUCUGUUACUCCACAGCACUGUUUUUUACUGUCCAUUAAAAGGGAGUGAAAGGUUGUCUGCGUCAAGAUUAAAUAAGUAAAUAGUGUGCUCUACAUCUGAAGUAUAAUAUACUAUUUUUUUCUUGUACUCUCAGCGUAUUGAAGUAGAUUUUACUGAAAUAUGUAUUAUAAAAAAACAACAAAUGUGAAUUAAAACUGA